GUUGAAAUUAUAUUUAAUGAUGUAAUCACUAUGUACAUAAUUAAUCUGUUCUGAGUAAUUCAUUAAUUAAAAAUAAUUGAUAAAAUUUCCUUUGUUGCUACAUUUCAUCGAACUAAUUAAAGACUCAUUAAUAUCUAGAAAAAGUGAUAAGAUAAUAACAUUCUCAAAACGUUUUCAAGCAUACCUAUCGCAACUCUUAAAUGAUUAUGGUAUUACCGAUAAAAGCAAUUAUACAUCCGAUAUUAUUCAGGAAUAUUCUAUUUUUAUUAGACUUUAAUUUAUGUUAUAUUUAUUGUUAUUUUGUAUAAUUUGAAAACCUGCACGUAAAUUUAGAAAUGCUCCAAAAAUGUGUCUCUAGAGACAAGGAACUUAUUUAUUAAAGAUAAUGACAAUUUUGUUGAAUGUAAUAAUUGUUCUAAACACUUUUUUAUGAUACUCAUUUCUUUAUACUAUAUAUAUAUAUAUUUGUUACAGAUACACUCAAUGUGAUUAAUUAAAUAUAUAAAUAAAUAUGUACGUCUGAUACACGACUGGUUGACCGACAUUUUUCAUCUUUCUCGUUUAUCAAUUGCAACUUGAGUUUAUCAGUUAUCCGUUUCCUUCUAGAGGUAGAUAUAUAAAAAAACUAUACUUUGAUUUGCGUUUUUUUUUAAGUGUUACUUAGCCCAAGCACCUCAUCAAAAUCACGAAUGUAAAAUUUUUUCUGAUACAAAGUUACAUUGCAUUGGUACUAUGGUACCAUUGCAGAUACUUGGACGUUCGUUCAUAUUGAUUGUUGUUGCGAGCAGCGUAAUUCAAGGAUAUGGAUAUUCAAAAGAUAUAGACGCACAAGUAGCAAAAGGGAAGGACAUAUUGAACGAUUUAACGGAUUCAACGAUUGGUGCUUUCUACAAUGUGGAAAAAAGCAAAAAAAGAAAGUUCGAAGACUGUUUUUGUGAAAGUUGUACAGAUAAACCAGAUAAACCUGUAAAUGUUGAACUAAAUUGUUUACCUUCGAAUGGGCCUCAUAAAGGAUAUAAAAGUUGUAACGCAAGUUGCAGUACGCCGGGUUACCAAUUUCCGAACGGCGCAUCUCAUCUCAGGAUUACUUGUGUUGAUAAGAAAUGGAAAAUCGAAAAUACCGAGGAGAAACACAUACCACCUUGUGAACCCGCGUGUGAUCCCCCCUGCCAAAAUGGUGGAAAUUGUGAGCAAAUAAAUGUAUGUAAAUGUCCCCCGGAUUAUCGGGGACCUCAAUGUCAAUACCCUGCCGAUGCUUGUGAUUCUAAGAAACUCCACUUCAAUGGCGCAUAUUAUUGCCGAGAUUUCAAUGAUACAUAUUCUUGUGAGCUGUAUUGUCCGGACGAAAUGAUAUUUGAAUUCCCACCUUCCUCGGUUUAUAAUUGCUCCUAUGACAAAGGGAUCUUCAAACCGCAACCCAUACCGCAAUGCAAGAGUCGACCAAAAUCGAAGACGUGCUUCACCUGGAACGGCGUGCAUUAUAAAACCUUUGACGACAAAAUCUACAGCUUUGACAGCAACUGUUCACACACACUUCUUCAGGGUACGCAAGAAUGGGACGGCGUUUUUACAAUCAUAGCGUCGAAUGAUCCAGGCUGUAGAAUUGGAUCGAAUUGCUCGAAAAUUGUGAAAUUAUUUGUCUAUGACAGCAAUUAUGUACUCACCAACAACGAGGCGGGUAUGCCAAUAUUUUUCAACGAUAAUCGAUCGUUGCCGAUACCGAUAUACUUGCCUGGAUUGCACGUGGACAAGUCCGCGCAUUUUAUUCUUGUCUCCCUCGACUUAUGGGGCAUAAAGUUGAAAUGGAACGGUGCCAUGCAACUCGAGAUCGAGGCUUCUUCCGAAAGUUUGUGGAACAGAACGGCCGGUCUGUGCGGUACUAUGAACGAGAAUCCGAACGACGAAUUUUUAACAAAGGAAGGAAGUUAUACUAAAAACGUACUGUCAUUAGCGAAUUCCUGGAUCGUUGAAAGUUUCGAAGAGCUAUGCAAUGAAACACGUACACGACACGCAUGCGAAUCGAGUGAAUUUGACAAAGAUGGCAAACAGUUCUGCAACAAGUUGUUCUCCAGCCACAAAUUCAAGGCUUGCGCUGGCACGUUCAAUUUUUCUGAACUGAUUGAUGCAUGCUCGUGGGAUUAUUGCGCGUGCGAGCAUGAUGACAAGAGAAAAUGUACUUGUAACACUGUGGAUGUUUACGUUCGUCAAUGCGCUUACAAAGAAAUUGCGCGAUUAACCGCGUGGAGAGACAAUGAUACUUGUCCGAUUACCUGCAAAAAUGGACGUGUGUAUAUGUCAUGCGGACCAAAGGUAGAAAUGUCUUGCUCUUCCGGUAUCAAAGCAAUAUGCAAGAGUUCCGAGUGCGAGGAAGGCUGUUUCUGUCCGGAAGGCAAAUUGGAGCACCAAGGUAAAUGCAUCUCCCCGGAGGAAUGCCCGUGCAAAUUAAGGGGUAAACUGUUUGACCCGGGCAGUAACGUAUCGAAGGGCUGCAACAAUUGUACGUGUGAUUCCGGCAAGUGGAAAUGCACACAGAUACGAUGCGGCGCUAGAUGUACCGUCUUGAGCGAUGCACAUUACACUACAUUCGACGGCAAGCAUUACGACUUCACAGAAAAGUGCAGCUAUUAUUUAAUGAAGGGAGAAAAUUAUACGAUCAAAAGUGAAAACGUUAACUGUUCCCGAACGAUAUCCAAGGACGGCUUUCCUUCUGCAGAUUCCCCGUCGUGUGUCAAGACUGUUACACUCACUUUCGGAGAUACCUCUAUAAAGUUGAACCAGAAUCGUCCAAUUACAAUAAAUAAUGACGAGAUAACAAAAUUCCCGAAAUCGUUUAAUAAUGUCCGAAUACAAAAUGCUAGCAGUAUAUUCGUGGUGAUUUAUCUACCAAAUGGCUUAGCAGUAUGGUGGGAUGGUGUAUCGCGUGUUUACAUUAAUGCUCCUGUUGAAUUUUAUGAUCAAACAAAAGGACUUUGCGGGACGUUUAACGAAAAUCAAAAGGAUGAUUUUAUAACGCCUGAUGGUGAUAUUGAACCUGUGGCAGUUGCUUUUGCUAAUAAAUGGGAGAGUGAAUAUUGCGUCGACAAGUCUGAGACGAAAAAUCCCUGCGAGCUAAAUCCUGAAAGGCGAACGACUGCGAAAGAAUACUGCUCCAAGAUACAUAGUGAUAUUUUCACAAGUUGCCAUUGUUAUGUUGAUCCAACAGAAUUUUACCAAGACUGCAUGUACGACAUGUGUGCAUGUAACACUGACAUAAAAUCGUGUCUCUGCCCCAUAUUAGCGGCAUAUGCAAAAGACUGCGCGGCGUUAGGCGUUGAACUUCCAUGGCGUACCAAAAUCGACGAAUGUAAAAUUUCUUGCAGCAGAGGACAGACCUAUCAAAUUUGUGGAAACAGUUGCACGAGAUCGUGCGCAGACAUUUCAUUUCAUCCGGACUGCAAGCCGGAAUGCGUGGAAGGUUGCAAUUGUCCAAAAGACCAAACGUUAAACGAGGACAGCAAGUGCAUUCCAAUCGCUGAGUGUCCUUGUGUUCACGCAGGCAACAAAUACGAACCUCAAGAAGUUCGUCUGGGCAACAAGGGAGAAGAAUGCUUUUGCGUAGAUGGUGUAUGGAAAUGCCGGCGGUCAGACUUAAGGCCCAUAAGUUGGCUUUCAAAUUUUCCGAAUCAGUGGCCGUAUAAUUUUUCGAUUCGUUAUACCGACGCGGAUCAGUUGUGCCAAGCUGGCAAGCAUCUGGAAGUGACGAAUUGCGAGCCAGUAAAGCACAGAACUUGCAGCAAUAUGCAUAUACAAAAUGAACAAACACCGUCAAUAUGCACGCCCGGUUGCAUCUGCAAAUCAGGAUACGUUUUAGACACGCCGAAUGGUAUUUGCGUUAAAAAGGAGGAUUGCCCCUGUCAUCAUGGCGGAAAGAGCUACAAACAGGGUUCAGUUAUACAAGCCGAGUGUAAUACUUGCACGUGCGAAAGCACUAAGUGGAAGUGCACUGAUAUAACUUGCGCAGGAGUCUGUUCUGUAUGGGGCGAUUCGCAUUAUAAAACAUUCGAUGGUAAAAUGUACGAUUUCCAAGGUGUAUGCGACUAUGUUCUGGUGAAAAGUGAGUUGAAUGAGAAAGACUGUUUCGAGGUCUCGAUUCAGAACGUACCUUGUGGUACAAGUGGAGUUGCAUGCUCGAAAUCGAUCAAACUCACGAUUGGCAGCGGUGAGCAGCAGGAAGAGCUUAUUUUAACAAAAGGGAAAAAGCUACCUAAAGGACCUUUUAAGAGAUUAUCGAUAAGGAUCGUUGAUCUCUUCGUAUUUGUUGAUGUACUAGAUUUAGAAUUGGUAUUACAAUGGGACAAAGGUACCAGAGUCUAUGUGAGAUUAAAUUUGAGAUGGAAAAGUCACACAAUGGGUCUAUGUGGCGAUUACAAUGACAACUCCGAGGACGAUUUCAAGACUCCGUCUGGCGGAAUAUCCGAAGCUUCCGUCAAUCUAUUUGCAGACUCAUGGAAGAAAGAUGCGUCCUGUCCCGAACCGAAGAACGUGCAUCCCUGCGAGCAACAUCCCGAACGUAAACUGUGGUCAAUACAGCAGAGCAAUAUGCUGAAAUCAUCGUUGUUUUCGUCAUGCCACUCAGAAGUGGAAGUCGAGCCGUACUUGCGUAACUGCAUUUUCGAUACGUGCAGCUGCGACAUCGGUGGCGACUGCGAAUGCCUGUGCACGGCACUAGCCGCGUACGCGCACGAAUGCAACGUGCGAGGUGUUCCUGUGAAAUGGCGAACGCAACAACUUUGCCCUUUACAAUGCGACGAAAAAAACAGCACAUAUUCACCUUGCGUCUCGACCUGUCCGCGCGAAACGUGUGAUAAUUUUAGAAUUCUGAGAAACUAUUCACUGUGUGCAAAUGAUACGUGUGUGGAGGGUUGCCAAUUACAAUCUUGUCCCAAGGGUGAAGUUUAUGAAGACGCCAGUUACACAAAAUGUAUUCCCGAAAAAAACUGCAAAAACGGCAGUACUACAACUGGCACGACCGCUGGUACCAGUCCUGGUUCCACCGCCGGCAGUACCACAGCUGCCUCCACUGCUGGUACCACCCGUAGCUUCACCACCGGCAAUACUACAGCUGGCACCACCACUGUUACAAGCCCUAGCUCCACCGCUGGUAGUACUACAGCUGGCUCCACCGCUGGUACCACCUCUGGCUCCACCACCGGCAGUACUACAGCUGGCUCCACCGUUGGUACCAGCCCUAGUUCCACCGCCGGCAGUACCACAGCUGGCACCACUCUUGGCUCCACCGCUGGUACCAGCCCUAGUUCCACCGCUGGCAGUACCACAGCUGGCACCACUCUUGGCUCCACCGCUGGUACUACCCCUGGCUCCACAACCGGCAGUACUACAGCUGGCUCCACCGUUGGUACCAGCCCUAGUUCCACCGCCGGCAGUACCACAGCAAACACCACUCUUGGCUCCACCGCUGGUACCAGCCCUAGUUCCACCGCCGGCAGUACCACAGCAAACACCACUCUUGGCUCCACCGCUGGUACCAGCCCUAGUUCCACCGCUGGCAGUACCACAACUGGCACCACUCUUGGCUCCACCGCUGCUACCAGCCCUAGCUCCACCACCGGUAGUACUACAGCUGGCUCCACCGCUGGUACCACCUCUGGCUCCACCACCGGCAGUACUACAGCUGGCUCCACCGUUGGUACCAGCCCUAGUUCCACCGCCGGCAGUACCACAGCUGGCACCACUCUUGGCUCCACCGCUGGUACCACCUCUGGCUCCACCACCAGCAGUACUACAGCUGGCUCCACCGCUAGUACCAGCCCUAGCUCCACCGCCGGCAGUACCACAGCUGGCACCACUUUUGGCUCCACCGCUGGUACCAGCCCUAGUUCCACCGCCGGCAGUACCACAGCUGGCACCACUUUUGGUCCCACCGCUGGUACCACCUCUGGCUCCACCACUGGCAGUACUACAGCUGGCUCCACCGCUGGUACCAGCCCUAGCUCCACCGCCGGCAGUACUACAGCUGGCACCACUUUUGGCCCCACCGCUGGUACCACCUCUGGCUCCACCACCGGCAGUACUACAGCUGGCUCCACCGUUGGUACUAGCCCUAGUUCCACCAUCGGCAGUACUACAGCUGGCUCCACCGCUGGUACCAGCCCUAGCUCCACCGCCGGCAGUACUACAGCUGGCACCACUCUUGGCUCCACCGCUGGUACCACCCCUGGCUCCACCACCGGCAGUACUACAGCUGGCACCACUUUUGGUCUCACCGCUGGUACCACCUCUGGCUCCACCACUGGCAGUACUACAGCUGGCUCCACCGCUGGUACCAGCCCUAGCUCCACCGCCGGCAGUACCACAGCUGGCACCACUCUUGGCUCCACCGCUGGUACCACCUCUGGCUCCACCACCAGCAGUACUACAGCUGGCUCCACCGCUAGUACCAGCCCUAGCUCCACCGCCGGCAGUACCACAGCUGGCACCACUCUUGGCUCCACCGCUGGUACCAGCCCUAGUUCCACCGCUGGCAGUACCACAGCUGGCACCACUCUUGGCUCCACCGCUGGUACCACCUCUGGCUCCACCACCAGCAGUACUACAGCUGGCUCCACCGCUAGUACCAGCCCUAGCUCCACCGCUGGUAGUACUACAGCUGGCUCCACCGCUGGUACCACCUCUGGCUCCACCACCGGCAGUACUACAGCUGGCUCCACCGUUGGUACCAGCCCUAGUUCCACCGCCGGCAGUACCACAGCUGGCACCACUCUUGGCUCCACCGCUGGUACCAGCCCUAGUUCCACCGCUGGCAGUACCACAGCUGGCACCACUCUUGGCUCCACCGCUGGUACUACCCCUGGCUCCACAACCGGCAGUACUACAGCUGGCUCCACCGUUGGUACUAGCCCUAGCUCCACCGCCGGCAGUACCACAGCUGGCACCACUCUUGGCUCCACCGCUGGUACCACCUCUGGCUCUACCACCGGCAGUACUACAGCUGGCACCACUUUUAGUCCCACCGCUGGUACCACCUCUGGCUCCACCACUGGCAGUACUACAGCUGGCUCCACCGCUGGUACCAGCCCUAGCUCCACCGCCGGCAGUACUACAGCUGGCACCACUUUUGGUCCCACCGCUGGCACCACUUUUGGCCCCACCGCUGGUACCACCUCUGGCUCCACCACCGGCAGUACUACAGCUGGCUCCACCGUUGGUACCAGGCCUAGUUCCACCAUCGGCAGUACUACAGCUGGCUCCACCGCUGGUACCAGCCCUAGUUCCACCGCCGGCAGUACCACAGCUGGCACCACUCUUGGCCCCACCGCUGGUACCACCUCUGGUUCCACCACCGGCAGUUCUACAGCUGGCUCCACCGCUGGUACCAGCCCUAGCUCCACCGCCGGCAGUACCACAGCUGGCACCACUUUUGGCUCCACCACUGGUACCACCUCUGGUUCCACCACCGGCAGUUCUACAGCUGGCUCCACCGCUGGUACCAGCCCUAGCUCCACCGCCGGCAGUACUACAGCUGGCACCACUUUUGGCUCCACCGCUGGUACCACCCCUGGCUCCACCACCGGCAGUACUACAGCUGGCACCACUUUUGGUCUCACCGCUGGUACCACCUCUGGCUCCACCACUGGCAGUACUACAGCUGGCUCCACCGCUGGUACCAGCCCUAGCUCCACCGCCGGCAGUACCACAGCUGGCACCACUCUUGGCUCCACCGCUGGUACCACCUCUGGCUCCACCACCAGCAGUACUACAGCUGGCUCCACCGCUAGUACCAGCCCUAGCUCCACCGCCGGCAGUACCACAGCUGGCACCACUCUUGGCUCCACCGCUGGUACCAGCCCUAGUUCCACCGCUGGCAGUACCACAGCUGGCACCACUCUUGGCUCCACCGCUGGUACUACCCCUGGCUCCACAACCGGCAGUACUACAGCUGGCUCCACCGCUGGUACUAGCCCUAGCUCCACCGCCGGCAGUACCACAGCUGGCACCACUCUUGGCUCCACCGCUGGUACCACCUCUGGCUCUACCACCGGCAGUACUACAGCUGGCACCACUUUUAGUCCCACCGCUGGUACCACCUCUGGCUCCACCACUGGCAGUACUACAGCUGGCUCCACCGCUGGUACCAGCCCUAGCUCCACCGCCGGCAGUACUACAGCUGGCACCACUUUUGGUCCCACCGCUGGCACCACUUUUGGCCCCACCGCUGGUACCACCUCUGGCUCCACCACCGGCAGUACUACAGCUGGCUCCACCGUUGGUACCAGCCCUAGUUCCACCAUCGGCAGUACUACAGCUGGCUCCACCGCUGGUACCAGCCCUAGUUCCACCGCCGGCACUACCACAGCUGGCACCACUCUUGGCCCCACCGCUGGUACCACCCCUGGCUCCACCACCGGCAGUACUACAGCUGGCACCACUUUUGGCCCCACCACUGGCAGUACUACAGCUGGCUCGACCGCUGGUACCAGCCCUAGCUCCACCGCCGGCAGUACUACAGCUGGCACCACUUUUGGUCCCACCGCUGGCACCACUUUUGGCCCCACCGCUGGUACCACCUCUGGCUCCACCACCGGCAGUACUACAACUGGCUCCACCGCUGGUACCAGCCCUAGCUCCACCGCCGGCAGUACCACAGCUGGCACCACUUUUGGUUCCACCACUGGUACCACCUCUGGUUCCACCACCGGCAGUUCUACAGCUGGCUCCACCGCUGGUACCAGCCCUAGCUCCACCGCCGGCAGUACUACAGCUGGCACCACUCUUGGCUCCACCGCUGGUACCACCCCUGGCUCCACCACCGGCAGUACUACAGCUGGCACCACUUUUGGUCUCACCGCUGGUACCACCUCUGGCUCCACCACUGGCAGUACUACAGCUGGCUCCACCGCUGGUACCAGCCCUAGCUCCACCGCCGGCAGUACUACAGCUGGCACCACUUUUGGCCCCACCGCUGGUACCACCUCUGGCUCCACCACUGGCAGUACUACAGCUGGCUCUACCGCUGGUACCAGCCCUAGCUCCACCGCCGGCAGUACUACAGCUGGCACCACUUUUGGCCCCACCGCUGGCACCACUUUUGGCCCCACCGCUGGUACCACCUCUGGCUCCACCACCGGCAGUACUACAGCUGGCUCCACCGCUGGUACCAGCCCUAGCUCCACCGCCGGCAGUACCACAGCUGGCACCACUCUUGGCUCCACCACUGGUACCACCCCUGGUUCCACCACCGGCAGUUCUACAGCUGGCUCCACCGCUGGUACCAGCCCUAGCUCCACCGCCGGCAGUACCACAGCUGGCACCACCGUUGCUACCAGCCCUAGUUCCACAACCGGCAGUACUACAGCUGGCUCCACCGCUGGUACCAGCCCUAGCUCCACCGCCGGCAGUACCACAGCUGGCACCACUCUUGGCUCCACCGCUGGUACCACCCCUGGCUUCACCACCGGCAGUACUACAGCUGGCACCACCCCUGCUACCAGCCCUAGCUCCACCGCCGGCAGUACUACAGCUGGCACCACCGCUGCUACCAGCCCUAGUUCCACCACCGGAAGUACUACAGCUGGCACCACCUCUGGUACCACCAUUGGCUCCACCACCGGCAAUACCACAGCUGGCACCACCGCUGCUACCACCCCUGGCUCCACCACCGGCAGUACUACAGCUAGCACUACUACUGCUACCACUCCUAUUGCUACCACCUCUUCUCCAACUACAUGCAUAAGUGGUUGGAGCAAGUGGAUUGACGAGCAUCAACCCGCAAAAAAAAAAAAUAUAUUUGUGGAAGUCGAGCUGUUGCCUAAUUCAAUUGAUCUCAACAACACAGAGGGACUCGGAGUUUGCGACGAGAAGGAUAUGAUUAAGAUAGAAUGUAAACCUGUCGAACACAUAGAUAAAAAAAAGAUUCUGAAUCCGAAAGUGGAGUGUAGCUUGAAGUGUGGCUGGUCCUGCAAAUCGUACAAACCUUAUACUUGCGUGGACUAUAAGAUUAGAGUAUAUUGUCACUGCCACGAAUCUAUGCACCACAAAAACGUAACAGAGAGCACCACGGAGAUCAGUGUGCCGCCAAAAGACGUUUGUUUUUAUACUUAUGACAAAAAAAAACCACAAGCAGAGAAAAAAAUUGGUGAAAAAUGGAACGAUGGUAAAUGCAAAACAUGCAUUUGCGAGAACUCGAUUUAUGGUCCUAGGACAAGUUGUGUGCUUGAGAAAUGUCCAAAUAUUACUGCAUGUCCUGACCAUGACUAUUAUGUAAUGAAAAAAGAAGUGUUGAAUAAUCAAUGUUGUCCAAUCUAUGAGCGUAUUGCCUGUAAAUGGAAGCACGAUAUAUACGAUGUUGGCGAAAAUUGGACGCCCAAUGCUAAAAAUGCUUGUCUCACAAUGCGCUGUAUCAAUGAUUCAGGUAUUAUUCAGAUAUUAAAUGAGGUCCAAGUAUACCAUAACGCAUGUUUGACGUAUAAUUACAAACAUCCAAAUAUCAAUCAGGCUAAUGAAGCAUGCAAGACAGUUCUUAUGGAUCCAAACAGUACUGUAGGUAUGCUGGUUGUAAAUCAUUCAUUACAUGGAAAAUGUAAAAACGUGAAUGCUAUUAAGAGUAUUAAAUGCAGUGGCUCAUGCCAAUUCUCAACAUUUUUGAACAGUGAAAACGAGAAUCAAGUGAAUGAUCGUCAAUGCUGUCAAGUGAAAGAAUAUAUGAGAAUCACGGUUACUUUGAAAUGCGAAGACGGUAAAACAUUACGCAAAAAGAUGCCAAUACCACGUUCUUGUUCUUGCCAAAGUUGUAUUAGACAUUAAAAAUAAAAAUAAGAAGACAAAAAUCAAAGAUUAAUGAAAAUUUUGUGCUGACUUGAUUACAUUUACUCUUAUACUUAUGUGUUUUUGAUUUAAUUAUAUUUGUAUUCAAUAAAAGAUUCCUAGCUAUAUCAA